GGAGAACGGGUGGACUGGUUUGAGGCGACGGGACUGCUACUGACGGUAACUCUGUGCAACCGUGGUGAGCAGAAAAGCAUCUCAGAAAGAACAACCCAUCGAACCUUGAGGUGGAUGAACUACAACAGCAGAAGACCACCGCAGGUUUCAGUCCUGUCGGCCAGGAACAGGAGUCCAAGGCUGCAACUGGACAGGUGAAGAUUGGACCAACAGCUGGACUGUUAUUAAAGUGCACAUGUUAAUAAUGUUAUAUAUUGUAUAUAUAGGUUAUAUAUGUUGUUGACUUAUUAAGGGUGCCAAUAAUUAUGACGCUGACUCUGUAUGCCUAAGCAAGAAUAUAAGGCAGCACUGCGUUGCUAUGAAGUCUGUAUGAAACAGUGAGAAGGCGCUGUGGAGGAAGAUGAGCACAGCUCAUAUGAUCUGAUGGUUAUUAAUUAAUUCAUUAAUUUAUACAUGUGUAUAUUGUUAUGUGUGUCUCGGGGCGGCGCUUCAGAAGUGCUGAAACGUUCCGCGUGCAGUUCGGCUUCCAAAGCUCGCGCGGAGCGUCGCGUCUGCACAGCACACGGCGCAAACUUUUGCGCCGAUUAAUCGCCAGACACGCGCGCGCAGCGAUCAGUGUGUGAUGAGUCCAGGAGAACUUCACGGUCGGGGCCGCGCGCGCCGGCGGUGUGUGUGAGUUUUUUUUUUUUUCUUUUACUACCGGAGCAGAUUCGCCGUCGCUCGGACACCCCGCGUGCGCUCUCGUCCCUUCUCUUCUUCAUGCCACCCAGUAAUGACAGAGCUGAGCGACAACGUUCGGGCUUCAGAGUAGCUCGCAGCUCGCGAGGAAGUGCGCCGCCGCCGCCGAUCAGCUCGCGACGCUGCGUUGAAUCCGUCCGAACGGGAGAGUUCCGCGGCGCGCGCCGGACCGUCGACCCGCCGCAGGGAUGCGCGGCUGCGAUCAUUUUGCGCUCACUUUGGGCUUCGUGCCUUUCCUGCUCAGCCACUGCCUCCUGUUCUCUGCGCUACUGCAGCACGCUCAUGGAGAAGUGCAGAAGUCCUGCUCCGGAACCCCCGCUGUGCACCUGGACAACACCUGCCACCUGCCCUGUCACUGCAGACCAUACCCACUGCUACCCCCACCUCCUCCUCCACCACCUCCACCCAGACUCUUCUCUCCUACAGUGGCGCCGUCCAGCGUGUCUCCUCCUGUGAAGCCCUGGGGACGAGAGGUGGAGGUUUUGGUGCUGGGGUCGGUGAGCUGUGCAUCAGUCGUCUUCCUUUUCCUCACGGUCUUCAUCUGCUACAAGGCUAUCAAGAGGAAACCGCUGAGGAAAGAGGAGAACGGCACCAGCCGAGGGGAAUACGCCAUGAGCUCUCGCUGCAAGCAGACGGCGGUGGAGACCAACAACACUGGAGUAUAGCAGCCAGAGGAAAAACACUGACGUUCCAUCAUAAACACGAGCUCCAAGGCCUGCGGAGACGGAGAAAUAGCAUUAAAGGAAGGAUUGAUGGAGCUCUGAACCAUGGCUUUGUUUGACUUCUUUAAAAAAAAAAAACACUUAAAUGACAAUAAGUGCUGCUUUAUGAUUGAUAUGUGACAGAAUAAAAUGGCAGAGACGUGCGGAGGACGUGCGGAUGACGUGUGGAAGACUUGAGCCUCGAGACUCAUUGUUCUGUCGGACGGUGAAGCCGUCAGACCUUUCGCAAGACUUUAAACCAGUAAAACUCUUCACAAACCCAAAGCAUGCACUUUCUACUGAAUGCACCGGCGCCUCUGGACGCCUCUCUCCUCCUUUCUCUCCCCGCAGUCUCCUCCCCUGUAAAUAAACGGCGGCCGUAUCCAUCGGUUCGAAGACGAAAGCUGCAGCGGAACUUGACGAGGGAACGGGUCGCUUUCAUUAAAUGAUUAUUUGUAUGACUAUGCAACUGGAACGGUUUUGAAACCCUGGCGGUGCAUGUUCAUGAUGUUAAAACACAGCGUUAGCAUAAUCUGCUGCUAAUCAGUCUGACGUGUGCUGACGUACUCGGACAGUGAGGCUUUACAUGUGUAAUGGAAGUCGGUGUGAGUUAAUAAGCUGGAAUUCCCGCCACAUAUUCACACGAGGACUGUAAUUUCAUUAUUUCAUUAACGAUGCAUCAUCAAGGAAGCCAAAAAGACAAAGUCACUGGGUUUUUUGUUUUGUUUAGUUUUGUUUGUUUGUUUGUUUGGGGGCGGGGAUGUUUUCAGAUUCAAAUGAUUAUUUAUUAGUCGUUUGUUUUUGUUUAUUUGUCUUUUUGUUAGUCUGUUUUAUUUGGGUUUUUAGGUUUUCUUUGUAUGUGUUUUUGGGGGGUUUGUUUUAUUUAUUUAUUUUUCGUAUUUGUUUUGUUUGUUGUUGUGGUUGUUUUGCAGCUCGGAUUGGAAGGGUUUUGUUUUUGUUUAGAUUUGGGUUUUGUGGGAGGUGUUUGUUUGUUUGUUUUUUGUUUUCUUUCGUUCUUGUAUGUUGUUUUUUGUGCUUUGUUGUUUUUUUGGGAGGUUCUUUUGUUUUCUGAUGUUUUUAGAAAGUGUUCAUGCUGUUUUUUUUUUGUUUUUUUUUUUAUUUUGUUUGUUGUUGUUGUUUUGCAACUCAGAGUAUUAUUGAAAGAGGUUUUUUUAUAUGGUUUAGAUUUGUUUGGGGUUUUUUUUGGGGGGGGGCUGUUUGUUUUUUGUUUCUUUUAUGUAGUUUGUUUUUUGUUAUUAUUGUUUUUCGUUUUUCCAUAAGUCACAGAUCUGCAUUCUUUUCAUCCUCCAGUCGUUAUCACACACACCGUAAAGUCAGACCUGGGAAUUAGUUUGAAGGGAAAAAAUAAGACCGAGUAAGAUAUGUCAUUGAAUUUAAUAGAAAAAUGUAAUUAAUCUAAAAAAGAAGUGAAUGCCAUGAGUACGGUGUGGGGAAAGUGGAGAUUGGGAAAUAUUAUGUGCAUUUUACAAUUUUAACGCCGUAAACAACAAACAAACCGAUGGGUUAAAAUACAUUUAGGAAAAACAUUACAGAAAACGGUGUAGUGAAGUGUAAUGAAUCCCAACAUCUGAGUAUUUCUUUUAAAGUAGCGAGACUUUAAGUGGAAUGACGGAAUAUUGGGAUAUGAUAUCAUAAGGUGUUAAAUGGUAAAUAAUGAUAUAGUGUAUUUUAAUUUAAAAUAAGGACAGAAUCUAUGAGACAGUGAGUCAGAAUAAUAACAUAACCUCAUGUAACACGCAGUUUCACGGCCGCUGGAUGCUUCCUGGUGAGUUAUUUCGCUCCCGAUGACGACUUUUUAACAACUGUU